UGUAGAGAUGGGGUCUCACCAUAUUGCCCAGGCUAGUCUCAAACUCCUGGCAGUCCCACCACUUUGGCUUCCCAAAGUGCGGACAUUAUAGGUGUGAGCCACCAUGCACAGCACUCUUUUUUAUUAGAAUUUUUGCACAGUACCUGGCCACAGGUAAUUUCUCGUGCUUAGGUGCAUCUUGAUCCUGACAGUACCCUGAGAUCCUUAUUUUCCUCCUAAGCAGGAUUGGCAGUGGGGGGCACUUUGCCAUCCCCUCGAGAAGUGACUCUUACAGAACGACGCCUCCUGGAUGGCCCACCACCUCGUUCACCAGAGACUCCUCAAUUUCCCCCCACAACUGGAGCUGUACUGUACACUGUUAAGAGAAACCAGGUUGGGCCUGAGGUUCUCUCCUGCCCCAAGGCAUCCCCCAGACUUCAGAAAGAGAGGGAGGGCCAAAAGGCAGUGAGUGAGUCAGAGGCUUUGAUGCUGGUCUGGGAUGCAUCAGAAACUGAGAAAUUGCCUGGUACCGUGGAACCCCCUGCUUCCUUCCUGAGUCCUGUUUCCUCAAAGACCAGAGAUGCAGGGAGAAGACAUGUGUCCGGGAAACCAGACACUCAAGAGAGAUGGCUGCCCUCAAGCAGAGCUAGGGUGAAGACAAGAGACAGGACGUGCCCUGUCCAUGAAUCUCCAUCAGGAAUUGACACCUCAGAGACUUCUCCCAAAGCCCCUAGAGGGGGUUUGGCUAAAGACAGUGGAACACAGGGCAAGGGUCCAGAGGGGGAGCAGCAGCCAAAGGCCGCAGAAGCUACGGUGUGUGCCAACAACAGCAAGGUCAGCUCCACUGGGGAAAAGGUUGUCCUGUGGACAAGGGAAGCUGACCGUGUGAUCCUCACCAUGUGCCAGGAGCAAGGGGCACAGCCACAGACCUUCAGCAUCAUCUCCCAGCAGCUGGGAAAUAAGACCCCUGCUGAGGUUUCCCACCGUUUUCGAGAACUCAUGCAGCUCUUCCACACUGCCUGUGAAGCCAGCUCUGAGGAUGAGGAUGAUGCAACCAGUACCAGCAAUGCAGACCAGCUGUCUGACCAUGGGGACCUUCUGUCUGAAGAGGAGCUGGAUGAAUGAGACUCGGAAUCAUCUACACAGGACCAAACCCAACAGGCGCCCUGGCACUGGGGAGGCGGGUAGUUGUACUCUGCUUGUACAGUCCUUGAGCCCAGUUUACAGAUCUGGAGAGCAGGAGGCCAGGACAAGGACAAAGGCUGGAGGAUGGAGUAGGACCCAGGGGCUCUGCCAUCCUAGGCAUCAUUCAAGGUCUUUUACGAAGACUUUACAGAUGUCCUCUGUAAAUAGCAUCGAGAGUGGAGUUCAGCUCCUUUCUCUACUUUUUUUUGGUCUGAUGGCACAUAUUUAUUGUUCUGUGGUCUAAUCACAGUGUUUCUAAAUGUAAAAAGUGCAUAUGUUAGUGUAGCUAGUCCCGCGACAUUGAGCUCCUCUGCACGAAGACACUGGGCUCCUGCAUCCAGCUGUUUUUAUUGCAAACUAGCUCCUUUCUCCCACACUGGGAACUUUAGUCCACGAGGCUGUCACCAUCCUGGUAGCACUGGGCCAGACUUUGUAGCUCCUGCAGCAGCUCUGCUACGUCAUCGUGCUCCACUCCAGCAUCCAUGAAGCUGGCCCAGCGCCGCAAGUCGAGUUUGGUGAGGUCUCUGGCCAAGGCUUCCAGGGUCUGGUGCAGGGACGAAGAGGAACACAGUGCCCCAAACACUGGGAUGCUCUCCACUGCUGUGGAGGGAGAGGAAACAGAGACCUGUAGAUGGAUGAUUAUUCUGCCCUGGGACUCGCCAAACUGAUAAGGAAGUCCAACCUUAGUAGACUUGAUUGUAAACUCAACAAAUUUGGUGUAUUGUCCCCUUAGUACACCAGUACUCCAGAGGAAGAAUGCUUUUCUUGGGAGCCAUAGGGUGAAUAAAGGAAUGUUUAACUGUG